UGCUCUGUGCCCCGCCCCCCGGGGUCGGACUUUCGACACUUUUGUGACUGCGGGGUGCUACGAGGUGCUGCGUUCGCGGGUGGGUUUGGGUCCCGUCCUGUUACCGUCCUCCCGCAGGGGUCGGCUGCUUGUGGGGGUUGGGGGUGGGACAAAACAUCUUCCUCCGCGGCCUAGUGGCGCCGAGAAGAUAAACUCGGUGGCCACUUGGGCCGAGCGCCCGACAGGGCCUCGGGCGCCUCGCCUCAGGCCGGUUCCGGGUGUCUGGUCAGUCUCAGGGCGUUUGGCGAUGGGAUUCUCGGGUCUUGUACUUAAGCUUUGAAAAUGGGAGACGUCACAGUUUUGCUUUUCCUGGAGACAAGUAGUCUUUUACAGAAAUACAACUCACAGCUACAGUGAAACGGGAGAACUGCUUGGUUCGGGAUGGCUAGAGAAUCAAGGGAAAGCACAACCUUGGACUCACACUCUGCAGAGGACCAGAUGGAGCUACUGGUCAUAAAGGUGGAACAAGAAGAGGCCUCCCCCUUGGCAGAGGAGACCAGUUGGCUGGGCAGUCCUGGGCCUGACCGCUCCCGCCAGCGCUUCCGUGCUUUCCGCUACCCAGAGGCAGCCGGGCCCCGGCAGGCGCUGAGCCGGCUCCGCGAGCUCUGCAGACAGUGGCUGCGGCCAGACAUGCACAGCAAGGAGCAGAUCCUGGAGCUGCUGGUGCUGGAGCAGUUCCUGACCAUCCUGCCAGGGGAGCUGCAGGCCUGGGUGCGCGAGCAGCACCCCGACAGCGGGGAGGAGGUGGUGGCGCUGCUGGAGUACUUGGACAGGCAGCUGGAUGACACACCUCCACAGGUUCCAGAUGAUGACGAUGGGCAGGAACUCCUUUGCUCCAAGGCAGUGCUGUUGACAUCAGCUCAGGGCUCAGAAAGUAGCCAGAUGGAGCCCGUGGAGCCUCUGCUGAAGCAGGAGUCUUUGGGAUCCCUGCCCUCAGAAGUCAGAGUCACUCAUGUGGGGCACUGUGGAGAAGAUGGAGUGACAGCUACUAGGCUCACAUCGGAAUUACAGGGGUUGCUGAAAAUGGAAGAUGUAGCCCCAGUCCUUUCCCCCAGAUGGACAGAGCAGGAUUCAUCUCAGAUGAACCUCUACAAAGAUGGAAUGCAGGAGCACUCUGGCAGCCUGGUUUCCCUGGAUCAGGACAUGCAGACUAAGGUUAGGGACUUGCCUCGAGCUGAAGAAUACAGGGACCAAAAGCCUGAGCAGACAGUGUGCUUCCUGGGUGAAGACACUGUCCCGAUUCCUACAGGUGCAGAAGCCAGUGAGCAGGAAGGCAAGUUACAGGCAGCACAGAAGAGUGCCACAGGAACCAGGCGGUUCUAUUGCCGUGAAUGUGGGAAGAGCUUUGCUCAGAGUUCAGGCCUAAGUAAACACAAAAGAAUCCACACUGGAUUGAAACCCUAUGAAUGUGAGGAGUGUGGCAAAGCCUUCAUUGGAAGCUCAGCUCUCAUUAUUCAUCAGAGAGUUCACACUGGUGAGAAGCCAUAUGAGUGUGAAGAAUGUGGUAAGGCCUUCAGUCACAGCUCAGAUCUCAUCAAACACCAGAGAACCCACACUGGGGAAAAGCCCUACGAGUGUGAUGACUGUGGGAAAACCUUCACUCAGAGCUGCAGCCUCCUUGAACAUCACAGAAUUCACACUGGGGAGAAGCCAUACCAGUGCAACAUGUGUCCCAAAGCCUUUAGGCGUAGCUCACAUCUUCUGAGACAUCAGAGGACCCAUACUGGGGAUAAAGAUUUUUUUGUUCCAGAACCUUACUGGGAAAGUCAGAGUAGGGUGGAAAGCCAUUGGGAAAAUAUUGAAACUCCUGUGUCUUAUCAAUGUAAUGAUUGUGAGAGAAGUUUCAGUAGGAUUACAAGCCUUAUUGAACACCAAAAAGUACACACUGGUGAGAAGCCCUUUGAGUGCCAAACCUGUGGAAAAGGCUUCACCCGACCUUCAUACCUUAUUCAACAUCAGAGAAGACACACGGGGAAGAAAACUUCUGUCACAGUGACCCCUGCUGUACAUUCCGAAGUUGGUGUUCAACUGUCAUUGAACUGAAGCCACUCUGUAGUUCUUAAUGACUGCAGAAGUCAUAGGCUGGGGCUCUAUUUGAUAAUGUACAUUCUCAGAUAUUAGGAAUCUGGCUAAGACUUAUCUUCUACAUUCUAGAAGGUGACUAGGAAAAAAAAAUUAAUUUCAUAGAAGAGUUGUCUACAAGAGUCCUCACCCAUUGGAACUAAAUGGGCUUCCUGACUGUCAAAUUGCCUUCCCUUGUCCUGCACUUCAUAUCUCUUGAGGGAAUGGUUAUGCUUUGGGGGUGUUGCUCUGAUCCUUCAUUAGGCUAUUGGGCCCUUCACAUGUGGUCAGACUUGGAACUCUUAUGUCCUGCUUUGUGCCUUGUAUACAGGUGCUAAUAGACAUUUAUUAAAUAUACUGGUGAGAUUUCCUACAUAGCUCUAAAAACCCAUUAUCUGGAAAUUCUCACCAAAACCAUUUGUAUAUCUUUUUAAAAAAAAUGAUGUUUUAGAUUGAAUCAAUGUAGAACUGCUUUGUUUUUGUUUUUUGCCAAGUACCCCAACUUGGCAGGGCAGAGGUGAAGGUGAGGUUACUGUGCUAAAAUCCUUUAAUCCUUUACCUAAUUUAGGAAUUCUGUGAGAGUGCCUUAAACAGCUUUCUUAGCAUUAAAUCAUUGUGAAUGUGCCACCCAUGGAAUUCCACUAAUAUUUUUUUUCUUGUUAAUUUUGUUACUCUUGAGAGAACAAAAAAAAAAAAAAAAGAAAGAAAAAAAAACCUUUCCUACUCAUGUAGUGUGAAAAUGAGUUUCAGAAUAAAGUGAUCAAUGUCUAAGGCUCA